GCUAUGAAACAGGCCGGUGGCCAGAAGGAAGAGGAGAUACCAUGGGACCUGGUUGACAGGUGUCUCCUCCCGCUAGUAUUCUCUCACGCGUUCUCAGUCAUUCUUAGCACCAUUCUUGGAUUUUUAGGGUUAGCUCGCCUGACACUCGUCUCCGUAUUUUUACCGAGCAUAGCACUCACACUUGCCCUUACUCUCUUCUACCACACUCUGAAGGUAUCAUGUGCAGGAAAGAUAGUUGUUGUGACAGGCUGUGAAUCAAGGAUUGGAUACUCCAUAGCAAAACAUCUUGAUGAUUUGGGUGUGACAGUAUUAGCUGGUUUUUCACGCAAUGAAGAAUCCAAACCUAAACUUAAAGAGGAAUGUUCAGGAAGAUUACAAAUAUUUGACUUGGACAUUAGCAGUCAAGAACAUAUUUCUGAAGCUGUCAAACUCAUUUAUCAGAAUGCACCAAAUGGGAUUUGGGCUGUUGUUAAUGCCGCAUCGUGGACUGCGUUUGGUGAAGCUGAGUGGGUUCCAAUGGCUGCCUUUAAGCGUAUGAUAGAUAUUAAUCUUGUUGGAACUAUAUGUUUCACGUCAGCCCUGCUACCAUUGAUCAGAAAGACCAAAGGAAGGAUAGUGAACCUGAGCAGUAUACAUGGUAGAAUCCCGACCGGCCCUAGAGCACCAAUGUCCACGGUUACAGCUGCUAUAUCCGCCUUCUCAGAUGCUCUUCGCCUGUCCAUAGCCAAGUGGGGUGUUGACGUUGUUCUUAUAGAAGCAGGAUCUACUACUACUGGUGCAUGGUAUGAUCGUAAGGACAUGUUGGAUGAAGCAAGAAAUCUUUGGCAAAACUUGAGUGAAGAACAAAAAGCUACAUAUGGGGAAAAUUAUUUUGAGCUAAAAAUAACAUCUUUGAGAGAAUAUCAGUCUCAACAGGAAGACCUUUCAGCAUUACUGAGAAGUAUUGGGGAUGGAGUGACAAGAACAUUCCCACUGCCACGCUACACACCUGUGACUCGUAAAGAGAAAAUUCAAGCGUUUGUAGCUGAAUAUUUGCCUUAUUCCGUGUACAACAUCAUUUAUAACUAGUUCUACCAAGGAAUAGAUGUAGAUUGCAUCUGAUUCGUUGUGUUACGAAGAUACGAACGAAAUCCUGAAACAUUUGCGACUUCUUUGUAUUGACAUUGAAGUUAUCAUUAUUAAACAUUAAUUGAAACAAUAACAGCCAUUUUAAGUAUCAAUUGAUUCCUCAAAAGUGUGAAUUGAUUCCCUGAAUCAAGCAAACAGCUUUUAAGAUACUUAUUUGAUGAUUGAAAAAAAAUCAAAUUUAUUAUUUGAGGAUUGUCUUUUCAGUAUUAUAUCAGAUUAAAUUAGACCAUAACUGGAAGAUUACCCACAAAAAAAGCAUCAAGUUUCUAAAAAAGGUAAAUAAUUAAUCUGUCAACAUUUGACCAAAUUCAGACAUCAUAGAGAUAGAAUCAAAUAUAUGC